AUGCAUCUGAGGUGGGGACCUCGUCGGCGUUCCCCCCGGCUGCUAGCCCGAGGCGGCGGACUGGAUCUCAUCAGUGACCUCCCCGACGACCUCCUCCUCCUCGUCCUCGCCGGCCUACCCUGCGUCAGCGCCGCCGCGCGCACGGAGGUCCUCUCCCGCCGGUGGCGCAGCCUCUGGGCCCGCCUCGGCCAGAUCGUCUUCAGCGACGUCCCGUUCCACUCGCUCGAAGCGGUGCUCGGCCGCUUACCUCGACCCAUUCCCGUGCUUUCCCUCCUCGAAAUCCGCUUCCCCAACGAGCGGCUGCCAUGGCCGAUCCCUGAGGAGCACCUGGUCGACGCUGCCAGCGUCAACUCGUUGCUCCGCGCCGCCGCGCGGCUCGAGCCGGAGGAGUUCGAGUUUGAGCUCCCCGCGAACUUACUCGACGGUCCGCUCAUCGUUGACCUGCCUUGCUUCCACCGCGCCACCUCCAUCCUGCUGGACCUUCACCCCGUCGGCGUCAUCCUCCGCGUGCCAGCCGGCGUCGAGUUCCCCGCACUCGAGGAGCUGCACCUGUGGGCAUGCACCGUCGACAUUGACGCCUUGCUCUCCUGCUCCCCGCGCUUGCGCACGCUCUGCCUGAGUAACGUUUAUUCCGACAGCGACGACGACCUUGUUGUGAGCGCCACGGUUGCGGUCAGCUCGACGUCGCUGCAGGAGCUUGUCCUACGCCAAACCGACUGGAUGGAUGGUGUCAACAUCGUUGCGCCCGUGCUUAAGCAAUUGACCGUGUCUUUUUCGGCAACUAGGCUCAACCCAUUAUCCAAGCGUAUAAACAAAGUAUAUAUUAUUGCGAGAAAAGUUGCCGAGAAUGGAUCAGUUUAA